CAGUAAACCUACACAGAAGAUUAGCGCCCACAUGUCCCGGCAGCUGCAGCACUGUCCGACUCUGUAAAGCUCCACAGUUUGUCUCUGGUGGAGGUGUGGUGGUGGUAGUGGUUGUGGCUGGGUGGGAUCGUUACGGGCUGCAGACAAAAUGCCAGGCGAUGGAUUCACCAUCAAAAGUCGCAUCAGGAAUUUACUGCGCUCUCCAUCAACCAAGCACAAGAAGAUCAGGAGAGAAAAUCUCACCAGCAAGGUGACUUUGGAGAAGGUUCUGGGCAUCACCGCUUCAGGAAACAGCGGACUGACCUGUGACCCCCGGUCUGGACUCGUGGCCUACCCUGCUGGGUGUGUGGUUGUCCUGCUGAACCCCAAAAAGAACAGACAGCACCACAUUAUCAACACUUCAAGAAAGACCAUCACAGCUCUGUCCUUCUCCCCUGAUGGCAAGUACUUGGUAACAGGAGAGAGCGGUCACCUGCCAGCGGUGAGACUGUGGGAUGUGGCAGAGCAGAGACAGGUGGCAGAGCUCCAGAAGCAUAAAUAUGGCAUCUCAUGCGUGGCCUUCUCCCCCAACAGCAAAUACAUUGUCAGUGUGGGAAACCAACAUGACAUGAUGGUCAACGUCUGGGCAUGGAAGAAAGACGUUGUUGUAGCAGCUAACAAGGUGUCCAGUAAGGUGACAGGCGUGUCUUUCUCUGAGGACAGCUCUUACUUUGUAACUGUGGGCAACAGACAUGUCAAGUUCUGGUAUCUGGAUCACUGCAAGGCCAGCAAGGCCAGUGCUCCCGUCCCUCUGCUGGGCCGCUCGGGGCUGCUGGGAGAGCUGAGGAACAACUUUUUCUGUGAUGUGGCCUGUGGGCGGGGAGCGAAAUCUGACUCCACCUUCUGCAUUACCUCCUCUGGCCUGCUCUGUGAGUUUAACAGCAAGAGGAUGCUAGACAAGUGGGUGGACCUACGGACGAGUGUGGCCCAAUCUCUGUCUCUGUCUGAGGAUAUGAUUUUCUGUGGCUGCGCUGAUGGAACGGUGCGAGCCUUCAGUCCAAUUGACCUGCACUUUAUCUGCACGCUACCUCGGCCGCACCCCCUCGGCGCUGAUGUCUCGACCGCUACCAAGGCCAGCCACCUAUUUUCCACCAAGACAGAUGUCCACUACCCAGCUGCCAUUGCUGUUACCUAUGACCCCAUCAGUCACUGGCUCAGCUGUGUGUAUAAUGACCACAGUCUGUAUGUGUGGGAUGUGAGAGAUGUCAGCAGGGUGGGCAAGGUGCACUCUGCCUUGUUCCAUGCUGCCUGUGUCUGGGACCUGGAGGUGUUCCCAGAUGUUCCUGGGGAAAUGGGUGCUGGUUUGUCAUCGGGCACAUUCUUUAGUUGUUCAGCUGAUAACACCAUCAGACAGUGGCGCAUGGAGGACUGGUCUCAAACUCGUGUUAAUUUUCAAAACAUCCUCAGCAGUGAUCUCUUGAAUAUAAUCUACAUAGAUGGAAACACUGCUGCAUUAGUGGAUCCAGAGUACAUGACAAACAUGAAUGCAGAUAAAUCAGGGGAUGGGCAGACAACAGAAAGCAGGACAGGCAUCCGGACCAUCUGUGUCAGUCCAGACGGCAAACACCUGGCAUCUGGAGAUCGCAACGGGAUGCUGAGGGUCCAUGACCUCAGCAGCAUGGAGGAGAUUCUGAAAGUGGUGGCCCAUGAUGCUGAGAUACUCUGCCUCGAGUACAGUAACCCAGAAACAGGUCUGAAGCUGCUGGCCACAGCUAGCAGGGACCGUCUGAUCCAUGUGUUGGAUGCUGAGGAUGACUACAGUCUGGUGCAGACACUCGAUGAGCACUCCUCAUCCAUAACAGCCGUCCGCUUUGCUGCCAAUGACAACAAGGUGAGGAUGAUCAGCUGUGGGGCAGACAAGAGCAUCUAUUUUCGCACAGCACACAAGACUGACAGAGGGACAGAGUUCAGGCGUUCCCACCAUAUGGUGAGGAAGACCACACUGUAUGACAUGGGCGUAGACCCCACCUGCAAGUAUGCAGCUGUUGGCUGCCAAGACCGCUGCAUCAGGAUUUUUAACAUCAGCAGUGGCAAACAGAAGAAACUCUAUAAAGGAUCAGUGAGUGAAGAUGGCAGUCUGCUCAGGGUACAGAUCGAUCCUUCGGGUCAAUAUGUGGCCACGAGCUGCUCCGAUAAAAACAUCAGCAUCUUCGACUUCUACACUGGGGAGUGUGUUGCCACGAUGUUUGGACACUCUGAGAUUGUCACUGGGAUGAAGUUUACCAACGACUGCAAGUAUUUGAUUUCUGUGUCAGGUGACAGCUGUAUCUUUGUGUGGCGACUGGCUCCAGAGCUGACAAUCAGCAUGAGAGAGAGGCUCUGCCAGCUCCGACAAAACCCAAACAUGCCGCCCUGCAAGACCCCCAGUCUCAGGCGGGAGGUGCACAGUGCCCCCGCUCUGAGCGGUUUGUCCUCGGACAGCGACCGCGAGCACGAGGGAGAGGACGGAACGGAGAACGCCAGCCCCGACGACCCCGAGGACAACGCGACCAAUACUUCCACUGACAGCAGCCACGGAGAGGACGACACCGGCUCAGAUGAAGGACAGUACUGGGAACUGACAAAGCAUGGAGUCAUCAGCCAGGUCACCCCCGACUCUGCUAAGCGUCCUCGGAGGCGCUGGUCUCAUCGCAUGGGCUCUAUGGAGCUGAUGGUUAAAUCCAUGCUGGACCUGAGGCAGCUGGAGACCUUUGCUCACAAGAAAAACCCCAGCUGCCUCCCUCAUGACAGAGAGAGACAGAGCACGUCCAGCCUCCAGGAGCCCACGCAGCAGCAGUUGGAGGAGAGAGCCAAGAGGCAUCGGCCCUGGCCACACGCUGACUGGCUGUCCUCACACCCGUCCAAGGGCAUCAUGGGGAGUGAUGGUGUGGUAGUGUACCCCGAGGAGCAGGAGGACGACGCGAGUCUACAGGGCAGUGAUUACAUUGUGAAGGAGCAGCACUGCAGGAUGCAAGGACGAGGGAUCCGCAGUGAGAGCCAGGACAGUCGCAGCCCGGACAGUGCCUGCUCCCUGGGCUACGACAGCAGGGAGCCCAGCCCGGAUUGUGUCCUGGAUGAUUCUGCAGAUGUGGAGUCCCUGAGCCAGGACACCUCUGAUGAGGAGAAUGAGGAGAGGGAGGAAGAGGAGCAAAAGGCAGAAGUGACAAGUAUGGACGAGGCUCUGAGGACAGUGACUGAUAUUACUGAUCACAGUCAAGAAGAUUUCCUCAAGCAGAACUUUGAGACAUUGGCAGAAGGCUGCAGCACAGCUGAGCAGAGCAGAGUCCCAAGGCUCAGUAUGUCAUCACGCUUCUUGGCCAGAGGACAUAAUAACAGGGGGGUGCCUCUAUUUGCCAAAGUGCAUGGAAAAGAACAAGGCAGCCACUCUGCUAAGCCCCCAGUGUCAAAAGUACGGCCUUUGAUGGAAGAUAGCCAGAGCAGAAACACUGAAGACAAGACCCCUGUUAGGGCAGAUGCUCCAGAGAGGGCCUGUACUCCUACCCCGAGACCCCAAAAGAAGAAGACUUCAGGAUCCCACCUGUGGAGGACGUCUAACCCUCCAUCCAGAGCUCCGCUGUCUAUGGAAAGAACCACAUGUUUACAGAAAUCACACUCUGCCCAGAACCUGGCCUCAGACUGUACUCACAUUAAUCUCCAUUUUUUCAUCCUUUCUCCAGCUCCAAAGGAGAUACGCAAGAGACCUGAGCAGCUUUUUCUGGAUAAUGACACUCCCAGGCCGCCCUUCCACUUAUCUUCACCCUCCUCUGGCUCACCACAGUCUCCCCAGUCCCCCCUGCCUUGGGAGAGCCCCAGACUCAAGCCCCAGCACUCCUACAUGAACCCCACGGCCAGCUCCAUGGCCAAAAACAGCCGGUCUUCCUCUCUGGGAGAAGGUAUCCAGAUGGGAACUCCGCCUUGCUCCCCCUCCUUCCCUAAGGGCAGGGUGUCAUCUGAGGCGCUGGAGGUCGAGCCCCCGCUGCUCACCUCAUCUCCAGUCAGCGCUUUCCCUUCCUCUGUCUCAUCAUCAUCAUCAUCCAUCUUAUCGUGUCCUUCAUUGAACAGUCCCUCCCCUGCUCCUCUCCCCCAUCCUACAUCGACAGUUUCACUCGCUCCUCUUACCCAGAACACCCCACCCUCUCGCAUCCCGCUUCCCAAGCAGCCUCUCAGCCCUCGACGCAGCCUCUGUCUGGAGGUAAAACCGAGCUCAGGUUCAAGGGCUUCUACGCCUACAACAGACUCUGGAUGUGAUGUUCCAGGAAACAAACAAGCACUAGGUAGACACCUGUCUUUAAAUUUGGAUCUUUCCUCGUCAAGUCCGCUACCAGUGAAGCAGAGGAGAGGCUCAGUUACUGAGAGUGCCAAGGAUCCAGGACAGGUGGCUGAAGCUAAAGAGUGCCCUCUGGUGCCCGAACAGACCCACACACCGAGUGCUGAACCCCAGCCAGAUCACUCUAUCACCUUGGAGACUUGUAGGCAGGCUGUUACUGAGCUUCACAACAGUCUGAGGAAAACCAUCAUGCUGUACACUUCGGUUCUACAGUGCGGCCGACAGCCCAGUGAGGAUCAACAGCAGGUGAAGAGAAUCCUGUCCGAGGCCCUGUUCACGGUGAAGGCUGAGCUUGACUCUCUGCCUCACCCGACCUCGCAGUGUGAAGAGCCCCAAGUGAACCAGGGGGUCAAAGGUGAGGGAGAGAAGGCCCUCGCUCUCCUGGAGCAGUACGCUGAGCUGCUGCUGAAGUCUGUGGAGAGGAGACUAGAUACCAAGACCUGAGGAGAUAAACUGACAUUUGCUAUGCACAUACACCAGCAGGAGCCAGGCACAUGCAGGCUCGGUAGCACUGUGAAUUGCACACUUGUUAUUUGCACAGAGAUCUUUUGGAACUUUAUUAAUUGAACUUUUUUUCUCCUGAGAGGAACUGAAGAAAAUAGAUGUUGAGUAUUAUGCACUGAAAUAAGAAUGACUUGAAAAGGUUGCCUUAUUUUUCAAGAUGCCAUAGUUUGUCUUUGCCUGUUUUCUACAUUUUUAAAUUGUAAUGAUGGCAAAAUGUUGUGAAGGGAGACACUAGAGGGACAAUGAUGAUGAAGUCAUAUGGAGAGCAGACAACUGGUUACCAAAUUCAUCCUGUGGUAUUAGGCACUAUUAAAGUGUAUACAUUAUAGUUAUGUUUUUGGUAAAGGUUAUGAAGUGUUGUGCCUCAGUAACAUCCCAAAUCCUUACCAGUAGUAGGGCUCCUAGAAUUAAAAUCAAAUGUCUCCUAAGGGUGUCAUUACAGCAAGUAACACUGGCAUAAAUAUUCAUACCAAUCUUCAGUCUGAUCAGUAGUCUAGACAUGUUGCUCCAGAUCAAACAGGACAGUGGCAUCCGCAGGCCCACUGCUUGUGGGCCAAACAUGGUUCUGUUUAUGUAUUAAAAAGAGAGGGCCAUGAUGGAGAGAGCACGUUAAGGUAGGUUAGAGGAAGUGAAGUUAAGGUGUGAGGAUAGAACUGGUGAUAUUAAGGUAUGAAGUUAGAGGUUAAGUGUAAGAUGAAGGACCUGGAAAGAUGUUUGCCACUGAGAUUCGGGCUACCUCUGUCAGCCAUGUGAUUCAUAUUUUUCUGCCAAUUCUGUCUCCCUUGUUGCAAAAGUAGCUGUGACUUUGGCUAUUAUUGCUUAAUGUUUAUCAGACAGUAAUUAUUUUUUGUUAGUUGAUGUUCCUUAUGUAUAUUUAUGCAAGUUUUCAUAGUGCUAGUUUUAAUGUUUACUGGGAUUUUAGAUUUCUCUGAGAGAGAUUUUUCUUCUGUUGCUGUUAUACAGUUUCA